CCUCCCAGCAUCUCUGUGGGCUCCUCUUCGCCGUUCAGACAAAGAAAUCAUCCAAAGGCUCCAUAAUGUCAAAUUCUGCAGACUUUGAACAGUCUCCAGAAAUCACCGAGCAGACAGAGAUAAUCCCUAUUGUGGACUUGGAACCACCUCAUGUCUUUCCUCCCCCUCCUUCUGCAAAGGAUGAAUUGGGUCCAAUUCCUGAGCACACCAACAUGAAUGACUCUACCUUUCCCUCUUCGCUAUGUGGAAUAAUGCUUGUGAUCCUGGGAGUCUUCAGCCUGCUGCUCUUGGCCUUAUGUGGAUUCUUUUGUUAUCAGUAUUUUCAAAGUGUCCAAGCAUUAGAGAACAAGAUGAAGAAUCUUAAUCAAUGGGUUGAAUCUUUCCAAAACAAAGCAGAAAACUUUCUUCAGGUCCAAAAAGAACUUGAUGAAAUUAAAGAAACCCUAGAUCGGCUCCAAAGGCAGAAUGAGCAUCUCAUUGAGGCUUUGCAAGAACUAAAUGCUAAACAAGGAGACCAGUGUGGCCCUUCUCUGCCUCACUGGGAGAAAUUCGGGGACUAUUACUAUCACCAAAGCACGGAAAUGGUUUCUUGGUCAAACUGUUCUGAUGUUUGUGCCUCUUUCAAUGCUACAUUUUUAACAACGACAAGGAAUAGAUUAAUGAAUAUCACGAUGUUACCGUCAGUGAGUCGGGCUUGGCUUGGCCUCUCUUACAGUAAAGCAGACAAUAGAUGGGAAUGGGAGGACGGCUCCUCUCCUUCUUUUGACCUGAGUUUACCAACUCCAAGUCUGGAUUUCCAGGGAAAAUGUGUGUAUGUAAAUGCACAUACCAUUGGCACUGACAACUGCACCAAAUCUUCUUCAUGCAUGUGUGAGAAGCCUGUCCACUAA